AAUAGACUAUUCCAAAACGGCUUCUACUCAAGCUCACAGAAUGAGAGAAACUAGGACACCUUUAAUCGGGUCGUUGAAUUCGAAUGGCAAGGAAACUCGUCGGGCGCACAAAAGCAGGAGCUGGUUCAAGUACUUCCAGUAUGAAGAAGGCCGAGACUCAACAACCGAUGCCCGGAAUGUCCUUUUGGUCGUAGCCACCCUGAUUGCGGCCGUGGCUUUCCAGUCAGGGGUCAAUCCUCCCGGUGGGGUAUGGCAGGAUGACAGCAACGGGCAUGUCCCAGGCAGGGCCAUCUAUGCAUCUCAAAUACAAGCCUACUAUGUUUUCUUGAUCUCUAAUACAGUUGCUCUUUCGGCAUCAAUUUUGGUCAUCAUCUCUCUCACCUACAGGUUCCCUUUUCAAUUCGAAAUAAUGAUGGCCACCAUUUCCAUGCUGGUAACGUAUGGGGCAGCGAUCUUUGCCGUUACUCCGUUUGAAUCCAUCCAGUUCUGGUAUGUGUUGCUUGCCGCUGCUUUGCCUUUUGUAUUAAGGGGUUUGAUUCAUGGGUUCUAUAGGUUUAGCGUAUAUAUAAUGUUUGGAAACAAUGUAGGAGGACAUGACAAUGACGAUGUGUGACUGCAAACCUCUUAUGAAAGAUAAAUCUAGUGAUUAAUU